AGCAACAAGACAUCCCAGAUCAACUGCCUUUACAAGCCUAAGAUGGCCAGCAAACUUCUUCCACCUGAGUCAGAGGAAUCUGUGGUGAGGAUUCUGCUCUGGGGAAGGACCGGAGUUGGGAAGAGCGAAUCUGGAAACACUAUCCUUCGGCGCCCAUGUUUUAAAACUGAACUAUCUGGUUCAUCUCUAACAGAAAAAUGUGAGAUGAUGACAAAAGAGUUUAAUGGGAAAACUCUGGCUGUUGUUGAUACUCCAGGUCUCUUCCACACCUGUAAAAAUCAUCAAGAGCUGAUGAAGGCGAUCCUUAAAUGCACCACAUUGAUUGCACCUGGUCCUCAUGUGUUACUGUUGGUGCUCAAGCUGGGUACCUUCAGGAAAGAUGAUAAAGACAUGCUGGACCACUUCCAGAAAGUCUUCCCAGAUGCAAAACGUCAUACCAUUGUGUUGUUCACUCAUGGAGAGCCAAGAGGAGAGGAUGGAAAAGACGAAAAAGAAAAAGGAAAAAUCGAGCAACAUGAUGCCCUCAAAAAGUUCAUCAAUGAGUCCUGUGUGGCAUACCAUGUCUUCAACAACCGAGAGGCUGAGGAUGAGUCUCAAGUUACUGGCCUACUGGAAAAGAUCGACAACAUGAUCCUGAAAAAUGGAGGACACUACAAAAAUGAAUUGUUUGAAGGGGCUAUGAAAGCCUUAGAUGAAAUCAUGCAACGUGCUGAGAACAAGACUUUCCACAGUGACAAGACAUUAAAAAUGAGCUACCUUUCCAAGAAAGAGGUGACCAGUGAAGUGCCUCUGCUGCCUGCAGAGCAGCUGAGGAUUGUCCUCGUUGGGAUGGUUCAAGUCGGGAAGACUUCAGUCAUGAACACCAUCCUGAGGUGCUCAGAGGACAGGGAGACACAUGCAGACAGAAAACACACACACACACAAACAAAGGAGUGUCAGCGAGAAGAAGUAAAGAUUGGACAACAAACCGUGGUUGUUGUCGACACUCCUGGUCUGUGUCACGCCGAAAUAGACGACGAAGAUGUGAUGAAGGAGAUCAAGAAAUGUCUCUCACACACUGAGCCUGGUCCUCAUGUGUUCCUGUUUGUGCUGGGUAUGGAACGAUAUACAGAAUAUGCACAGGGCAUGGUGGAGAAUAUUAAGAAGACUUUCGGUAAAGGUGUUUUAUGUCACAGUAUGGCUUUGUUCACCCAUGGAGAUGAACUCAACAGACAAGAACAAACCAUAGAACAAUUUAUUAAGGGUAACAGUUAUCUUGAAUCCUUUGUAAAAGAAUGCAAAGGGGGAUGCCACGUGAUUGAAAACACAGACGAGAGUCCAUCACAGGUCACAAACCUUCUGGAGAAGAUCAACAGCAUGGUCAAGGAAAACGAAGGAAAAUACUACACUACUGAAAUGUACAAAGAGGCUGAAGUUAGGAAGAAAAUCUCCCUCUCUGUGGCUGCGUCUAGUCUGGCUGGAGCAGCUCUUGGAGGAGGGCUAUCUUACUUUGCUGGGGGUGCAUUAGGAGCCACAGCAGGAACAACAGGAGGAGCUGUGGUGGGAGGUGCAAUGGGAGCUGCUGGGAUAGUUGCCAUGGAACGCAUUAAGCAUAAGAGAUGUGUGAUGCAGUGA